AUGAAAUCCGCUAUUCCUACGAUUUUCUUCUUCAGCGUGCCCGCGAGGCUUCCGCACAGGAACGUGGUCAUCGUCAGCAGCAACAGGGCAGCCGUACAGGCGGUAGGACAACCUCGACAGCAAUCCGGACAACGCACAAUCCAAGAGGUGUACAGGCAGGUGAGGCUGCCGCAUCUGCAAGAUGUGCCGGUGUCCGUGCUGUGGGUGCCGGCAGGUCAUGAGCGCUUCCGGUCGGGUGCGGUGGCCAAGACAAUGGCCCGUGAUUCUACGGGAGACGGGUGCGUUCGAGAAAGAGCACGCUACCAAGCACGAUCUACGAGAACGAGGCUGCUGCUCGGUCACCUGCAACAGCAGCGGCAAAGGUUACCCAUCGGUGUAGGCCGGCAUUCGCAACGGAUCGACACAGCACUUCCGGGCAAGCACACGCGGACCAUUUAUGACGCUUUGAGUGCCAAGGAGUCAAGAAUACUGGUACAAUUGCGAACAGGAAAGUGCAGGCUCAACAGGUACCUGCACAGCAUCAGGGCUACAGGUUCGGACCAAUGCAGCUGCGGCCAAGCCGCAGAGACAGUCGAGCAUUUCCUGUUUCGGUGCAGACGUUGGAACUCGGAGAGGGAAGACAUGAUACGGUACAAGCGGACCAAGGUUGGAAACUUGUCUUUCUUCCUGGGAGGCAAGUCUGGAUCGGAUGGCGAGGGAUGGAAGCCAGACAUGGCGGCAGUCCGAACAACGAUCAAGUUUGCAAUGGCAACAGGAAGGCUGGAUGCGGACAUUUGA